AAAAAAAAAUCUCUUCCUGAGAUUGCCAAAUGUAAGAAACGUAUAUGUAAAAGUCAUACAGCUAUUUCACUCAUGUUGCAUAACCCAUAGUAAAUCUCUUUGUCAACGUUACGAUAUCAAGACGAUUCAUCUGACGUGGAAAAAAGGAAAAAACGGGGGGAAAAAAAGAUUUUAAUCUCGUCCGAGUGUUCAAAUGUGCUGAACCAAUUACUAACUUGUAAUACGAAUGAAAGGUGGAUGAAGAAAUAGGCUUGCUGCGUGGUGAUUAUUGAACAAGUAAAAGGUAGAAAAUAAAGGAAAACUUGUUUGCUUUAAUGCCUCCACAAGACAUUCAGAAAAUUGUCAACGCGCAGUUAAUCGGAUUUCCCCCUGAAUGGUAUACGUAUAAUUGCCUGUUCAUGAUCACUAAUGAAUUCUACGAUUGCACGCUAUCCGUAUCUUUCACCAAGAAGAUUAUGCUGCCUGGGGGUUUAAUGAUUCAAUUAAAGUACCCCGAUGUGCACAACGUUGCUCUUGUGUCCCGAUAUCGAUUUGAUCGUGCUGUUAUGCGAUCUAGCGCAGAUGUAAUC